UGGGCUCGCCCUGCCUGCCUGGUGUGUUUAAAUAUGCUUCCCUUAGUUAACUGCACACUGGAAUACGAGCCCGAGAGAGAGCUGGGCGGAGAGAAAAGGGGUCGCGUCUCACCUUUCAGCAAAGAUAGAGAGGUGGAGAUAUUCGAAAAGUUCAGUCUGCCCUCGGCGCGCUUGCUUGCAAGGCACGACUAGCCCUCUCAUUAUUGGCCGCCUGUCAGCACCGUAACAGACGGCAGAUGCGAGCAUUCAAACAAGAUCCGUUUCUGAGCUGAGCAGACCAUGCAGGCACGGGCAGUUUGAGUAGGUUUUGUAAGAGGGAGGAGGACGGAAGGAAGCAAAGAGGGGAAAAGAGCCGGGGAAAAGCUUGUAAGGAGACUCGUGACGGAGACGUUGCCAGUUGGUCGUAAAGCGCACGGUGGUGAACGACUGUUCAGAGCUGGUAUCGCGGGGCAAAUCUAUCCUCAAAGAAACAGACAAGGGUUCCGUCGUUGGCCGCUGAACCGUGGAGAGAGGGAUUUUUAUUGAUAUUCGACAGCUGCCGGCCACUCGCCUGCUUCUGUUUGCUGGGAUUUAGAUGCGUUGGGAAGCCACCAUGCGGCGCGAUCCCAUUUUGUUCGCUUCCAGGGGAGACCGUAUCCCUACAAUAACAAAACCUGGCUCCACUGCUACCCUCCUCUAUCUUCGGGUUGGCAGCUGCGUGGUAUCAGCCAUGGAGGAGUUGGUGUGUGAGCUGCGUCUGUUCCUGGACCUGCUGGACAGGGAGUAUCUGAGUUCUGGGGUCAGGGAGAAGAAGAUGCUCAUCUCCAACAUCCUCCACAGGGUCCUCAACGCUAAUGAGCCCUCGUUCAAGUCAGAGAUCCACAGCAGCCUCCCGGCCCCCCCUCAGAUGCCCCUCCCAGAGAUCCCACAACCCUGGCUGCCUCCAGACAACGGGCCUCCUCCUCUCCCCAGCUCGUCUCUCCCAGAGGGCUACUAUGAAGAGGCCGUCCCCCUCAGUCCUGGAAAAGCCCCAGAAUACAUCACCUCCAACUACGAUUCGGACCAGAUGAGCAGUUCGUAUGAGUCGUAUGACGAGGAGGAGGAGGACGGGAAGGGUAGAGGGAAGAAGAUGCGACACCAGUGGCCUAGCGAGGAGGCCUCCAUGGAUCUCGUCAAGGACGCACGCAUCUGUGCCUUCCUGCUGCGCAAGAAACGCUUCGGCCAGUGGACCAAGCUGCUCUGUGUCAUCAAGGACAACAAGCUGCUGUGCUACAAGUCAUCUAAAGACCAGGCGCCCCAGAUGGAGCUAGUGUUAUCAGGCUGCAGCAUCACACACGUCCCCAAGGACGGCAAGAAGAAGAAACACGAGCUGAAGAUAGUGCACCAGGGAGCAGAUGCCCUGGUCCUGGCCGUACAGAGCAAAGAGCAGGCUGAGGAGUGGCUCAAGGUGAUGAGGGAGGUGUGCAGCAACGGAGGGGACUCAGACGGAGCAGGCGCCGGGUCUCCUGUACACAAGCCCGACCUGGAGAAGAAGGUGUCAUGUGAUAGGCCGAGCUCAGAUGGCGAGCCGCCCCAUGAGAACGGACACACCGUCACCGACUGUAAGGACCAAGGUAAAGGAAAGAAGGACUCUCAGAAGAGUCAGAAGGGAGGCACGCUGGGAAAAGGGGCGGGAAAGAAGAUAACUAAGAUCAUUGGCCUGGGCAAAAAGAAGCCGUCCACUGACGAACAGACCUCUUCAGCCGAAGAGGACAUACCCACCUGUGGCUACCUGAACGUGAUGUCCAACAACCGCUGGCGUGAGCGUUGGUGUCGUCUGAAGGACAACCAGCUGUUGCUCCAUAAGGACCGCGCUGACCUGAAGACCCAUAUGGCCAGCCUGCCCCUCCGAGGCUGCGAGGUCAGCCCAGGGCUGGACUCCAAACACCCCUUCGCCUUCCGCCUGCUCCGCAAUGGACAGGAGGUGGCUGUACUGGAGGCAUCCUCCUCUGAGAGUAUGGGUCGGUGGUUGGGGGUGCUGCUCGCUGAGACUGGUUCCACCACAGACCCUGCUGCCCUGCACUACGACUACAUAGACGUAGAGACUACCGCUAACGUCAUCCAGCUGGCCAAGCAGUCCUUCUGCUUCACUAGUAAGCGCGUUGUAUCUCCCAACCCCUAUCUGGACAACCCUGUGAACGGUUAUGCCUGCCCCUCUGGAAUGGCACUGCACUAUGAUGAUGUGCCCAUCAAUGGAACGGACCCAGAGGCGUUAUACUCCAGCCCUGCCACCGGAGGGCGACGUCUGAGAGAGGAGGUGUUGUAUGAGGAUGCUGACCUCUAUGAGAACAUGCCUUCGCCCAAGCUGGCCGCCCGCUACUCCCCCAAGCCCAGCCGCCUAGCCUCUUCCUCCAACCACUGCAAAACCCCUGGCCCUGUUAAAUCCAAAUUCCUCUCCUCCUCUUCCUCAGCUAACACUAACACUAAAGCCGGUACUCAGCUGAAGGGAAAGAAGGCCCCCGUGACCAAUGGGACAGCGUCUAAACAGAAGGUGGACAAGAACCAGGCCAAGAAGACCAAUGGAACAACCAGUGGAGCAUCUGUGAAACGCAACAACUCCAGCGCGGAGCAGUAUAAGUACGGUAAGAACCGCGUGGAGGCGGACGCAAAGCGGCUGCAGGCUAAAGAGGAGGAGCUGAUGAGGAGGAAGCAGGACAUCAGGAACCGUCUGACCCAGCUGAAGAAGGACCGGAAAGACCUGCGCACCGCCAUGGAGGCCAGCACCGGUAAGCGUUCCGCUGCGUCUCUGGUGGAGCGGCUGAAGAAGGUGGAGGACGAGUGCAAGCUGAAGGAGGACGAGAGGGUGAGCCUGGAGCUGGAGCUGACGGAGGUCAAGGAGAGUCUGAAGAAGGCCCUGAGUGGAGGGGUCACCCUGGGACUCACCAUUGAGCCCAAGUCUGGCACCUCCAGCCCGCAGUCCCCAGUGUUGCUGAGGCGUACCCUAGAGAACUCUCCCAUCUCCAGCUGUGACACCAGCGACACAGAGAGCUGUUCUACUCUGCCCGUCAACAGCGCCUCCCUCCUCCGCAGGACGGCCAAUCAGAAACCCUCGACCGUCCGCGGCCACGUCCUCAGGAAGGCCAAGGAAUGGGAGAUGAAGACGGGCACAUAAGCAGCAACUCUCUUCACAAACGAUCCUAUUGUACCAGCUUGUUUUUUUUGUGUGUGUAUAUAUUUAUUCACUUUUCACAUGGGGGAAGAAGGUUGAAGAGGACUACUCUACAAGCGUAGCAUCGCCAACCAGAAAGACGAUGCUGAUUUGAGUAUACUUUAUUUCCAAAACAUAAAGAAAUUAGCACUCUUUUUGUAGCUUACUAUUGUAUAAUACCGUGUAUUAUAUCUGGCAUGUUUGAAAUACUCUGUCGUGCGGUUUUGGUAUUCGUCCAAUCGUUUUCUUUCUUUUCAAGCAGACAUCCAAUCAUAGACGGUCUUUUGUGAUCUGUUUCUCCAUCACACACAAAUCUGGUUUCUACAACUCUUGGGGUUCAAAAAUCCAAGUAUUUAUUUGUAAAUGUUUAUUAAGUAAACAUCCCUGUGAUUAUUUAUGUUGAUAAUAUUUAAUGCUUGUUUUAUAGUAUAGCUAGCUCUCCGUAAGCGCCCAUGUUAUCUUUCCUACUCUGUUAGAAGCUCUCUUGUUCACAAGCAUAUGUUUAGAGUGGUAACUGCACUGCGCCACUAAUGUUCACGUCAUCUAAAUGGGUUAAUCGAAUCAUCAGUAUCACUGUUAGGCAAUCCAGAUGAUUUGCAGAUCAUCAAACCAGCAACACACCUACUCCCUACUGGUUGAUGCUUGUGAGUGGGCCAUUGGAAUGCUUCACUCAGUAAAGUGCAGGUCAGGCUAAGGCGUGGUCGUGUCCUGGUGAGUUUGGCCUCUGGCAUUGGAAAAAUCCUAAAACCUCAAGUAACGUGGCCUCUUAUAUUUAAGCUUGACAACCAGGAGCCUCGGCCCAGCUCUUUUAAUCAUGCCACUGGUGUACUGUAGCCCUGUGAUCUGAUGUGUGUGUGUGUGUGUGUAUGUUUGUGGCUUGUGUGUUAGUGCGCCAGACUGUGUGUGUGAGUGAGUGAACGUGUUUGUGGCUUGUGUGUUAGUGCGCACGACUGUGUGUGUGAGUGAGUGAGCGUGUUUGUGGCGUGCGUGUUAGUGCGCACGACUGUGUGUGUGUGAGUGAGCGUGUUUGUGGCGUGCGUGUUAGUGCGCACGACUGUGUGUGUGAGUGAGUGAGCGUGUUUGUGGCUUGCGUGUUAGUGCGCACGAUAGUGUAUGUGUGCGCGUGUGUUGAAAACGUCUCCAAGGCACAUUCCAUCCCCAUCACUAAUACAUUGUUAGAAAUAGAGGCCUGUAUGGUCAGAAAUACUGUGUGUUCUCCGCUUCAACCAGAGACUGUGACCUAGUUGUGGAUUCUUGAACUUCCAACUUCUACUGUAGCAACACGUUUCAGCUCAUACACACUACAUAGGCACGCGCACGUGAACACACAAGCACACACAUUAUGUGUGUCAUUUAUGAUGUCAUUUAUUUCAAAUGGUGCUUUUGGUAAUGCUUUUACCACAUCUACAGUACAUGGCAAAUACUGUCAUAUCCACACAGCUCAGUGUAACCUAACCACUGUGCUUUGUAGGAGUGAGAAGUAGCAUGUUGAUGUACUACUGCAAACAAGCUUUUACCAUUUACUCAAAGGCGCAUUUACCUUUUAAAAUGGCUGGUUUAAGGUGUAUUUGGUUGGAAUAUGAGACUGUGCAUAGCAAAAAUGGCCACCAAUGGAGGUUUCUCAAGUUAUCAGAGUGUAAAUAUUUGUAUAGCUUUUCCAUUCUGUUAGAUUGAUGCCGGGAUUCAAAUCCGAUCGCAUAUAUAAGCAGCAUUUACCGCGUAUGGGAUCUCCGCAAACCUGAGAACAUUGCCUUUUAAAGGGAUGGUUUACACAAAAUGACAUAUUGACAUAUUCCUUACCGUGUAGGCAGUCUAUGGACAAAGGUAUGACAGAAAUCCAUGCUUUGGAUUAGUUUCGCUGGCACUGUUUCCAAAUGCUAACGUUUUAGCAUUUGUGGCACAAAUCCCAUUGAAGCCAUGGGACCAAUAUUAGCAUUGUCCGUGCAUCAUCCAAAAGUAUCUACAUGUUAUUGUGAAGCUCACCAAACGUCAGUUAUUGAUGAUUUGAACAUGAUGCGAAAAAUUCUGAUAUUGGUGCCAUGACUUGAAUGGGAUUUUUGUAGCAGAAAUGCUAAAACGUUAGCAUUUGGAAACGGUACCAGCCACUGCCAGGGAAACUAAACCCAAAGCUUGGAUUGCUGUCACACAUUGUACAUAGACUGCUUACCGUGUAAAGAAACCAAUGUGUCAUUUUGUAAUUUGGGUGAACUACCCCUUUAAACGCCACAAUGUCUAUAACCUGCCAUGGGAUUGAAUCCCGGCCAAAGUCCCACUAGAUGGCAAGCUAGAGCUAGUCAUAGUCACCACGAGAUGAGGGAGAGGAGGACAAGUUAAGUGUCUAAUCCAUUUCGAAAGCCUACCUUUGUAUAAACACCUUCAAAACUGAAAUGGGACAAGAGAUACAUCAGUGAGAAAAUGUGAACCCACAUUGCGGGAGGGGAGAUUGGGGGGGUGGGGGU